UGCUUGCUUGCUGCACCUUGUCAUUUAACAGUAACAAAGUUUAAAGGGUUUCAUGUUGCUCUGGUUGUCUUGAAGCAGAACGACACAAAGAAAUGAUCUGUUUCUAUUUUCAUCAUUUUAACUCUGGUGGACAAGAGACUCACUGAAACACGGUGUUGCUAUGGUUAUGUCAGUCAGAAUGGCUCCUCCUCUUCCUCUGAUCUUUCUGCUCGUGAUUCAUGGGGUUUCUAGUGCUGACUGGGGUGUGAGUUACGGACAUUCACACAUCUGUGCACUAAAGGACUCAUCAGUGAUAAUGAGCUGCAAUUACACAUACCCUACUGAAUAUCAGAUCAGGAAAGUGUUCUGGACCAGAAACCCUGUAAAAGUUGGUGAAGAGUAUCCAGAUCUGUCUAAGGACCCUGAACACAGCCAGAGACUUCAGUAUCUGGGAGACAAACAGAAGAACUGCACCCUCAGACUGAGUCAUGUGACACAGAAAGAUUCACAUGAAUACUAUUUCAGUGUCAUCGCUGAUAAACCUGAUUUAUCCAGUCUGAUAAAGUAUUUUACAACUGCUGAAGAUAAUGUGAAAUGGAUUGGUGCUCCAGGAGUGUCUCUUACUGUCACAGAUCUUCAGGUGGAGUCUCCUGAGAGAGUGACAGAGGGAGAUUCAGUCCGUCUGACAUGUAAAAGCAGCUGCGCUCUGACUGACAGAGCAACAUUCAUCUGGUACAGAAAAAACUCACAGCCAUUAACUGAGAGAAGAGACAGAAACAAUCAACUCCUGCUGCAGUCAGUCAGAAGAGAGGAUGCAGGCAGAUACAGCUGUGCUCUACAGGAACACACUUACAUCUCGCCUGCUGUUCAGCUCAGUGUCACGUAUCCUCCAAAGAGUGUAUCAGUGUCCGUAAAUGGAUCUGGUGUAAUAGUGGAGGGAGAUUCAGUGACUCUGAGCUGCAGCAGUGAUUCAAACCCUCCUGCAGAAAUCAGCUGGUUUAAAGAAAAAAGGUUUUUAGGAUCUGGAAGAAUCUACAGCAUCUCAAACAUCAGCUCUGAUCACAGUGGAUAAUACAAGUGCAAGUCCAUCAAUGAACAUGGAUGGAAAUACUCUGCUGCGACUUUAAACGUCAUGUAUCCACCAAAGAACGUCUCAGUGUCCAUCAGUCCAUCUGGUGUAAUAGUGGAGGGAGAUUCAGUGACUCUGAGCUGCAGCAGUGAUUCAAACCCACCUGCAGAAAUCAUCUGGUUUAAAGGAGGAACGUUUGUAGGAUC